AUGUUCGAGAUUGGCGUAGGCCUGUAUUCGUUGCCCGAUUUCUUGCAGGCUUCUUUGGCUCAGCCCCAAUCAGCAAUGUCACCGCAGCAUUGGGAGAUAUGUGGAGCAAAGAAACAAGAGGCACGGCACAGUGAACGGAGGACCAGCUCUUGGCCCUAUAUUCGGCGCAGCAAUAAUGAUGCAGCCAAAUCUUGGCUGGCGCUGGACUGCAUACAUCCACGCAAUCGGGGUCGGAUUCGUGUUCAUCUUGACCUUCUUCUGUCUGCCAGAGGUAUACCCGUUGGUCCUGCUGAGGCGCAAAACAAAGAUGCUUCGAGAAGAGACAAAUGA